CAUGAAUUUAAUUGAUUAGUGAUGUCAUACAUGUACUGAUGAUGUAGCAUGAUAAAUCUUUGGUUUUUUAGCUUACGUUAGCUUUUUUAGUUUUUUGGCAGAUAUGAACUUACUUUCAAGAGCUACUUCCAGGACAAUUAAAAUUAAUGCUAAUACUGUUUUAUUGUGCCUUUCCCGUUCCUUGAAAACAUCAUCUUCUCGCCAAGCUGAGUUACAGAAUACUGCACCUUCCUUAAAUCAGAAAAAAGAACCCAAUUACAAGACAUUCUCCAUUUAUCGUUGGGAUCCUGAUAAACCUUCCACGAAGCCCAGAUUGCAGCAAUAUAAAGUUGAUCUUAAUACAUGUGGACCUAUGGUUCUUGAUGCUUUAAUAAAAAUAAAAAAUGAGCAGGAUGCUACAUUGACUUUCCGUCGCUCUUGUCGUGAAGGUAUUUGCGGAUCUUGCGCUAUGAAUAUUAAUGGUACCAAUACCUUAGCAUGUAUUUGCAAAAUUGACCGACUAGAUACUAAAAUUUAUCCAUUGCCGCAUAUGUAUGUAAUCAAGGAUCUUGUCCCAGAUCUAACUCAUUUUUAUAAACAAUAUAAAUCCAUUGAACCAUAUCUCAAGAAAAAGAAUGUUCCAAAAGACGGAGAUCGUGAGAAUCUUCAGUCCAUUGCAGAUCGCAAGAAAUUAGAUGGCCUUUAUGAAUGCAUAUUAUGUGCUUGUUGUUCUACGUCAUGUCCAAGUUAUUGGUGGAAUUCAGACGAAUAUCUUGGACCAGCUGUAUUGUUGCAAGCUUAUAGAUGGAUGAUAGAUUCUCGAGAUGAUUAUAGCAGUGAACGUAGGGAAGCUUUACAGAAUCCUUUUUCAGUUUAUCGUUGUCAUACUAUUAUGAAUUGUGCAAAUACUUGUCCAAAAGGGUUGAAUCCAGGUCAUGCUAUUGCUAUGAUUAAGAGAGACAUGGCCUUAGACUAAAAUAAUAGUGUAAUAUUAUGUCAAGAUUUUUCAUUAAUAAAUUCUAAAUGGUUUUUUCAAUCUUUGUUUGCUAUGAUUUUCAAGUUUAACCUUUUUUUUAAAAAAAAAA